AAGAAAUGCCACGCUGAUCGACGCAGACUGCGACCGCCGACGCAGUGCCAAUUGACGCGUUAAACGCGACACUUGUUCUUCACGAGCGACACCAGUAUUAGGAAAUAUGGCGGUUUGGAGCCACGCCGCUGUAUGCUGACAUAUUCUGCUGGGAUAUUCGCUGUACCUUUUACGUCGACGGAGUGUGGGCCACGGAUGGUAUUCUACUGAUAUUGAUCUCUCCAUGGCCAUGAUGGAUGUGUUUCUGUCGAUUUCUUCGGGAGUUCACCUACAUACAUACGUGUCUUGCAAGCUACCUACCUCUCUAUCCGAGUAGCUGUCGUAGUAAGUAUGAUUUAUUGUGUGGCAAACGUUUUAGAGUCUGUUGGACACACUUCCCUGGGCGUUGCUCAAAAUUUUAAGCUGUAAAGUAUCACGUGAAAGGACUGUUGUCAGCGCCAAGCCGCCCCUGCUCGGUACAUUCUGCCUGCUCGUCCUCCACAACUGGUGUGCUACUGGACCCCUGCGGUAACUGCGCCGCAGGUUGGGUCUCGAUUGGGCUAGAGUGAGAGUGGUGGUAUGAAGCCUUAGAGACCUGAAGUUACUGUACUCGUACAGAGUGGUUUCAAUGAAGGACUGAUCAACGGAGAGAAAUCGCCGUGGGCCGGAAGCAAUCUUUCGCCAACGUCGCCUUGACAAAUCGAUCAUGCAUCACGCUUUUGGGCGCCGUUUCAUAAUUCUCUUCCAUCCCUGCUCCCCCACCAACCCACUACCCGACCGACGCACACACACACACUCCCCAAUCAUUGAGCCUCCACAUUCUUUUUUGUAACGCGCACGAUUUCUUCGCAUGGCCGGGAAGAUUACACCGGACCGCGAGGACCUGGGGCCAGGCGGAUUGCGGAGUCCGUCGUACACGAGUCUGCUGAGCGCGGAGACGAUGUCGGAUAGCCUCAGUCCGCGCACACCCUUCUCCGCGACCUCGCGCUCAAAGGAGGAGCUGGUCCCGCUCGGGGCUGUGGAUCGGUCCUCGAGCGGACUGACGCUACGGCGUCCCGGAUAUGCGGCGUCCGAGGCCGGGAGCGCGACCGACAAGUUCAACCUCUCCCCGGAUCCCACGACAUGGGGCUUCGACGUCAACGCACCAGAACCCGACGACGUGCUCCACAACCCCGGUCCCCGCGGCACCAUAAACGACAAGUCGCCGUCGGACAGCCUUUUCACGCGGCGCGGGUUCAUGAACGUCGGAUGUCUGGCUAUCCUCUGCUUGCUGAUCGUCGGUCUCUUCCUGGGCUAUCCCGUCGCGUCGCACUUCACCCGCGCGAAGCCGAGCGAGGCUGUCGCGACGGGCCCCAUGACGCCCAUCGCGAACUUCAGCAGUCGCGGGCUCAUUGACGUGCACACGCCUCAGAGUGCGCACCAGAUCUAUGGCUACCACGACAGCUCUCAGGCGCUGCAGCUCGUUUUCAGCGACGAGUUCGAGGUGGAGGGGCGCAGUUUCUAUCCAGGGGAUGAUCCAUAUUGGGAGGCCGUAGACUUCGACUACUGGUCAACCGGCGACAAGGAGUGGUACGACCCCAAGCAAAUCACCACCCGAGCUGGCGCGCUGGAGAUCACGCUGGAGCAAGUAACGGAUCCGACACUGAACCAUAACAUGAAUUACUCGAGCGGCAUGAUGUCCACGUGGAACAAGUUCUGCUUCACCGAGGGACUGAUCCUGGCGAGCGUUCAGCUCCCAGGCGAGCACACGCUUUCAGGGUUCUGGCCGGCGGUGUGGACGAUGGGUAACCUGGGCCGUGCUGGCUACGGUGCGACCCUGGAUGGGAUGGUGAUGGCCCUACAGUUCGUCCCUUUUCCCACAAUCGGACGUGCAUCAGCUGACAUCAGAUUCCAAGGUUACGACUCGUGUGACGUCGGGACCCUGCCCAACCAGACCCUCAACAACGCGCCCCAAGCAGCCCUCGACACGGGUUCCAAGGACUACAACGGGACACUGUCCUAUCUGGGCGGCCAGCGGCUCUCUCGCUGCACGUGCAAGGGCGAGUCGCACCCGGGGCCGCUGCACAAGGACGGCUCCUACGUCGGUCGGUCGGCGCCCGAGAUCGAUGUCAUCGAGGCGCAGAUCGGGGGCAACUCUGGCGAUCCGACGAGCCGAGGGCAAGUGUCCCAGUCGUCGCAGUGGGCGCCGUUCGAUGCCUCGUACAUCUGGAACAACUCCACGGACAACAUGAUCAUCCGCGACCCGGCCCACUCGUCGCAGAAUACGUACUCUGGCGGCAUAUACCAGGAAGCCGCGUCUGUCGUGUCAGACACCAACCAGCUCUGCUACCAGCUCGUCCAGGACUGUUUCGCCGUGCACGGCUUCGAGUAUGUGUCCGGUUUCGACAACGCAUACAUCACCUGGAUCACCGACAACAAAGUGACCUGGACCCUGAAUGCCGCCGGUGUCGGAGCGAAUCCGCAGACCCAAAUCUCUGCGCGGCCCAUUCCCACCGAGCCGAUGUACAUCCUGAUCAACCUGGGCUUCUCCCGCAACUUCGCCUGGCUCGACGAGCGGCUCUCUUUCCCCGGGAUCAUGCGCGUCGACUGGGUCCGCGUAUAUCAACACCCGGAUAAAAUCAACAUCGGCUGCGACCCACCAGACCGCCCGACGCAGGACUACAUCAACACGUACAUCGAGGCGUAUACUAACCCGAAUCUGACCACGUGGACGGACGAUUACAAGCAGCCUGUCCCCAAGAACAACCUAACUAGCCAGUGUUGAGCCUAGAUUGAUACCCCCCUUUAUUUGGAGCGCUUGCUCGAUCUAUUCAUGUAAUGUACUGUAUACGGGGUUUCGGUCGGUGUGCUGCCUGGACGCGCACAGGUAUCUUGGGGCCUUUUUGUGUGUAGUACGCACGUUUUGUGCAUGUAGACCUCCCUCCCAACACAUGCCAGUAGCAGACAGCACACACAUGAUCGAG